CUGUUAAAACAAAGGUUAUUUUCUCCCAUUUUAUAAGCUUUGGCUCCAAAGUUCGAUCACGCCAAACCGGUAUAAUUCUCAAUGAUGAAAUGGACGAUUUCUCUACUCCCGGAGUAAUAAAUGCUUACGGUAUUCCUUCGUCGCCAUCCAAUUAUAUCAAACCGGGGAAACGUCCAAUGAGUUCCACAUGCCCCAGCAUAGUUCUUGACCACAGUGGCAACGUAAGAUUGAUGGUUGGCGGUGCUGGAGGAUCUCGGAUCACAACUUCAGUUGCACAGACUAUACUACGAUAUUUUAUGUUGAACAAUACUAUUCAAGAAUCAAUUGACGCUGGACGUGUGCAUCACCAAUUGGCCCCUAUGCAAGUGGACGUAGAAGCCGAGGUACCUGAACACAUUAACAGCUACCUGCUGAAAGUGGGACAUGAGCUUAAUUAUUUACCUGGAGAUAAAGCCUAUUCGGCCCUUACAGCCAUUGGUCUUAAAACUAAUGAGCCCCAGCCAGCUUGUGAUCGUCGGCGAGUGGGCAGCUGGAAAGUGGUUUAUUCGGGUGUUUAAUCCUGCAAAGCAUGGAACAUGUCUUUUUGUUCAUCCCUUUGUAUAAGUAUCGCAAUAAAAACGAAUAAAGUAAGUCAUAGAUGUUACACCA